AUGCAUGUUGCUAGACUUAGGGCGGCGGGGCUUCACACAUUCCAAUUCUCUUGCAUCUGCUCUAGGAGAUUUUUGAGCUCAUCUGCCUAUUCAUCCUCACCUCGAACCGCACCCUCCCAAAGCAGGACCAUGUUCAAAAAGGCUGUCAAAGACCACCCGGGUGGGGGCCCAAAGCCUUUGGUCCAGUCCGAUCUCCUGCGCUCGAAUGCAUCAGCUCCCCCGAGACCACAAUCUCAGUCCUCCGGCAUCAAACGAAAGAUCGAAUCUGAAUCGUCGCUGGGGUCCCUCCACAGCGCAGUUUUCUUUACUGAGAAUGACUUUGACGAUGACAUUGACUUCGAUGAACCACAGCCACCAAUUGCGCCGAGUUCUGCAAACAUCAUCACCUCAAAGCCGGUCACUUAUCCCAGCCUGGACACCGCAAUAAGCGCCACCGAAGCUCCGCGAGACGUCAAUUACCCAGAUCUCCCCUCCGUUUCCCAAGAUGGAUUGGUCCCUCCAAGUAGCGUGCCAAUGCCAUGGUCCUCAUCACCCCCGACGCAUUAUCAACCACCCGUGAGGAAACCAAGGACACUUCCAUGGACCAAGGAAGCCAAGGAACCCCUCGAAGACAAGAAGAAUAACUUUGUGACACCAAAACGUACCAAAAACACGGAGCCUUGGAAUAAGUCAGAGAGCACUAUCAAGGCAGAGCAAAAGGAGUUGCGGCAGGCGUCCAAAAAGACCCAGAAACCUGAUGUCAAGCCUCAACCUAAGGCGAAGAUUGCUGCUGUCUUCCUCAGUGAUGAGCAAAGAGCGGUUCUGGAGGCAGUGGUUGAUAGAGGGAAAAGCAUGUUCUUCACUGGUUCCGCUGGAACUGGUAAAUCAGUGCUCAUGAGAGAAAUCAUUGCUAAGCUGCGUGGCAAAUAUCGCAAGGAACCUGAUCGUGUUGCAGUCACGGCAUCAACUGGCCUUGCGGCCUGCAAUAUUGGAGGUGUGACCUUGCACAGUUUUGCGGGAAUAGGUUUGGGCAAAGAGCCAGUUCCCGAACUGGUCAAAAAGAUCAAGAAAAAUCAGAAAGCCCGGAAUCGCUGGUUGCGUACUAAGGUUCUCGUUGUUGAUGAAGUGUCUAUGGUCGAUGGAGAUCUGUUUGAUAAACUGGAAGAAAUCGCCCGACGGAUGCGCAACAACGGUCGACCUUUCGGAGGAAUUCAACUUGUUGUCACGGGUGACUUCUUCCAAUUACCUCCUGUGCCGGAAGGGGGUAACCGUGAGGCCAAGUUUGCAUUUGCUGCUGCUUCGUGGACCACUUGCAUCCAACACACCAUCCUUUUGACAAACGUGUUCCGUCAAAGGGACCCAGAAUUUGCUGAUAUGCUGAAUGAAAUGCGACUCGGAAAAAUCACACCCAGGACUAUUGAAGCUUUCAGAAAGCUCUCGCGGCCUCUUGAUUUCCACGAUUCUCUUGAAGCAACCGAAUUAUUCCCAACUCGCGCAGAAGUGGAAGGUGCCAACUCUGCAAGGAUGGGCAGACUUUCGGGCGACACAAUGGUCUUCAAUGCAGUAGACUCCGGGUCAAUUCAAGACCAGACUCACCGUGACAGACUAUUGUCUAACUGCAUGGCGCCUCCCAUGAUCAAAUUGAAGAAAGGAGCACAAGUCAUGCUUAUCAAGAACAUGGAGGACUCACUUGUCAACGGUUCCAUUGGAAAAGUGGUGGCUUUUAUGAGUGAAGAUUACUUUGAUUUGUACAGAGCAAACGACAAAGACCCUGCUGACCCCGAUGGGAUCGGCAGCGACGAUGAGCGAGCCAUGCAUGCUCGUAAGAAGUUGAAACCUAUGGGAUUCCAAGAACCAUCAGCAUCCAUGGCUCGAAAAUGGCCAUUGGUCUCUUUUAUGCAACCUGAUGGAUCAGAGCGUCAUCUACUCUGCCAGCCCGAGACGUGGAAGAUUGAGCUUCCUAAUGGAGAGGUGCAAGCACAGCGUCAACAGGUGCCACUGAUUCUGGCAUGGGCCCUGUCUAUCCACAAGGCACAGGGCCAGACUCUCCAGCGUGUGAAGGUCAACUUGGGCAAAGUAUUUGAGAAGGGUCAAGCCUACGUCGCACUCAGUCGAGCAGUGUCGCAGGAGGGGUUGCAGGUCACAGGGUUUGAGCCUCGCAAGGUCAUGGUGCAUCCACGAGUGGUCGAAUUCUAUUCAAACCUGAUCAGCAUCACUGAAGCCAAUAGGCCCAAGCCGACAACUGAUCUGGACCCUGAUGAUUUUGAUGACUUGGACUAUUGUUGA